AUGCAGGUGCAGCUGGCCAGAUUGGCCUGCCCGGCAUACCAGUGCUUUCGUGCCAUAAAAAUUAAGAAAAAUUACCUACCUCUGUGUGCUACACGAUGGUCUUCAACUUCUGUUGUACCUCGAAUUACUACCCACUAUACUGUUUAUCCCCGGGAUCAGGACAAACGAUGGGAAGGAGUGAACAUGGAGCGGUUUGCAGAGGAGGCGGACGUGGUGAUUGUGGGGGCUGGUCCCGCGGGGCUCUCCGCAGCUGCACGGCUUAAGCAGCUGGCCACCCAGCACGAGAAGGACAUCCGCGUGUGUCUGGUGGAGAAAGCUGCUCAGAUAGGCGCUCACACCCUCUCAGGGGCAUGCCUGGAUCCACGAGCUUUACAAGAGCUGUUCCCAGACUGGAAGGAGAAGGGAGCUCCUCUCAACACACCUGUAACAGAAGAUAGAUUUGGAAUUUUAACGGAGAAAUACAGAAUUCCUGUGCCAGUUCUUCCAGGUCUCCCAAUGAACAAUCACGGCAAUUACAUCGUGCGCCUGGGCCAUCUGGUGAGCUGGAUGGGGGAGCAGGCGGAAGCCCUGGGUGUGGAGGUGUACCCUGGCUACGCAGCUGCCGAGGUCCUUUUCCAUGAAGAUGGCAGUGUGAAAGGAAUUGCCACAAAUGACGUAGGGAUACAGAAGGAUGGCGCGCCAAAGACAACUUUCGAGCGGGGACUGGAACUCCAUGCUAAAGUCACGAUUUUUGCAGAGGGCUGCCACGGACACCUGGCCAAGCAGCUGUACAGGAAGUUCGACUUAAGGGCCAGCUGCCAGCCGCAGACCUACGGAAUCGGGCUGAAGGAGUUAUGGGUUAUUGAUGAGAAGAAGUGGAAACCUGGGAGAGUGGAUCACACCGUUGGCUGGCCCCUGGACAGACACACCUACGGGGGCUCGUUCCUCUACCACCUGAAUGAAGGGGAGCCCCUGGUAGCACUUGGCUUUGUGGUUGGUCUGGACUAUCAAAACCCGUACCUCAGUCCAUUUAGAGAGUUUCAGAGGUGGAAACACCACCCCAGCAUCCAGCCAACACUGGAAGGUGGGAAGAGGAUUGCCUAUGGAGCCAGAGCACUCAAUGAAGGUGGCCUUCAGUCUAUACCAAAGCUCACCUUCCCUGGGGGUUUACUUAUUGGUUGUAGCCCUGGUUUCAUGAAUGUUCCCAAGAUCAAAGGCACUCACACAGCAAUGAAAAGUGGUAUUCUGGCAGCAGAAUCUAUUUUUAAUCAACUAACUAAUGAAAAUCUCCAAUCAAAGACAAUAGGGCUUGACGUAACUGAGUACGAGGACAAUUUGAAGAAGUCGUGGGUGUGGAAAGAGCUCUAUGCUGUCAGGAACAUCCGACCGUCCUGCCACAGCAUCCUGGGUUUGUACGGAGGGAUGAUUUACACUGGAAUCUUCUACUGGAUAUUCAGGGGGAUGGAGCCCUGGACUCUGAAACAUAAAGGGUCUGACUCAGAUCAGCUCAAGCCAGCCAAGGACUGCACACCCAUUGAAUAUCCAAAACCAGACGGGCAGAUCAGUUUUGACCUCCUGUCAUCCGUGGCUCUGAGCGGUACCAACCAUGAACACGACCAGCCAGCACAUCUGACCUUGAAAGACGACAGCGUGCCUGUAAACAGAAACCUGUCCGUAUAUGACGGGCCCGAGCAGCGAUUCUGCCCUGCAGGAGUUUAUGAAUUUGUCCCUGUGGAACAAGGUGAUGGAUUUCGGCUACAGAUAAAUGCUCAGAACUGUGUGCACUGUAAAACAUGUGAUAUUAAGGAUCCAAGUCAGAACAUUAACUGGGUGGUACCUGAAGGCGGUGGAGGCCCUGCAUACAAUGGAAUGUAA